AUGUUUUUUGUACGCAGUGUCUGGGUUCAUGGGGAACUUAUGUGCGAGAUCUUUACCAUAAUAUUCCAGACUUCAGUGCCAACUUCUAUUUGGACCCUCCUCUUCAUAAGCAUUGAGCGUCUCAAGAACCUCAGCGAUCCUCUGAACCACUUUCGUCGUUCUCCUUUCAUGACACGUAAACGAGCACUCAUUGCCAUAAUCUUUAUUUGGCUUUAUAGCGUUGUCUUCGCUGCAAUUCCUUCGAUGGGCUGGAGGGAUGCUCCUGGUGAAUCACUUAUUUUUGAAGGGGUUUGCUGGUUUCCUUACAAGAAAGCUUACACUGUACUCACAACGUUUCUUAACAUAUUUCUACCAGUAAUUAUCACCAUUGGUAUUUAUAUCAAGAUUUAUCUAAUUGCACGUCAGCGAACAAGACCCGAGUUAGUUGGCGGUAGACUUCCCUUCGUACAAGAGAAUAAAACUUAUUUAGGAAAUAUGAAAGCAGCUAAGACUAUCGCCAUGUUUAUUGGCGUUUUCUUUUUUUGCUGGCUUCCCUAUUCAACGUAUACUAUUAUCAUGGGCCUGUGUGACUCAUGCUGGUCAUUGUUUCCCGAAAAAGAAGAUGAAGUUUUCUGCUUUCUUCUGAUGUGUGGCUAUCUUAACUCGGCCCUCAAUCCCUUUGUUUUUGCACUCCGAAACGGAAGCUUUAAGAAUACCUAUUCAAAGCUGUUAAGCUCAGCUUUAUCAAAGUCACCCUUAAACGACAAGCGUGACGGCAGGUUGUCUUCUUUGUCAGAGUUCACCUUUGCGUCUGAAAUUCCAGAUUCAUCUGAUAGGGAUGUUCAACUCCAACGGAUACGACCCUCUGAAACUGAAUUGCAAAUCACUGAAAUCAUACUCCAGAAUACAAGUGAUUAGAAUAUGAGUGUGUGAGGAGAAAUUUGUUGCCUUACAGGCCCGUAGUUUCGUCGAAAUUAGGCGUUUUUCUCGCUAUGCACAAGGAAUAAUAGGACAUUGCGCCUACAAUAGCUCCAAUAGUUAUACUCAGUAUUGGUAUGUAUUAGUAAUAAUAAUAAAAAUAAUAGUAAUAAUAAUAAUAAUAAUAAUAAUAAUAAAAUAUUUAUAAAAAUAGGGAAAUACUUAAAAGAAAUUCAGUUAUUGAAAAAUAGUAGGUGUUUCGAGAGCUGACUCAGUAUUCGAGUUACAUGCUGCUUGACACUACAGUGGCUUAGAUCGCCCAACGAAGCGCGCUGAAGAAUGA